AUGACAGAGCUGCCUGCAGCGAUCCUGUCGCUGUAUCAGUAUGAGCCAUUACGGGAGCGUCAAAUUCGGCUCAUCGAACUUCAAGCACCGUCAUCAGACAACGCUAAGGAGGUCCAUUGCAAGAUCCGCUUUUGCUCCCUCGAUGAUUGCCCUUUGUUCACAUGCGUGAGUUACAUGUGGGGCAAGACUUCAACGCCGGAAAUCGUGUACGUCGAUGGACAGGUCAUCAAAGUUCGAGAGAGUCUGUUCCGCCUGCUCUCGGACCUGAGACGUGGUGAGCCGAGACUUUUGUGGGCCGACGCGCUGUGUGUGAACCAAGAUGACAUCGAUGAACGUAUGCAGCAAGUCAAGAUAAUGGGUGAAAUCUACGCUAAAGCGAACUAUGUGAUCGCAUGGUUGGGCAACGACUUCCAGAAUGGCGAGCUUGGUGCAGAGAUGUUGAAUCUGUAUGAGCGCCAACUUCCUCCGCCAGCUAAGACCAAUGAACACAACUACAAAGCUCUAGAGCAGCUCUAUGCGGCAAAAUACUUCACGCGGAGGUGGGUGACGCAAGAGAUUUUGCAGGCGAAAACGGUUGUAGUACAUGUUGCUGGGGUCGAAUGUUCCCUCACAACCAUGGGCGAGUUUGCUCUUGCUCUGGACGACCGAUUCCCGUGGCCACAGGAUCCUUAUGUCCAGUCAGUUCGGGCUCGCCUGCGGCAAUCGCUGCCAGUUCGUCUCUAUGAGCAUCGAAGAGCAGGUAAGCGGAAUCUGACCCUGACGAAUAUGUUGCAGGACUAUAGUACAACGGAAUGCUCCGAUCGACACGACAUUGUGUUCGCAUUCUUGUCCCUGACACCUCGAAUCACUGCUCACAUUAAUGCUGGGUAUGACACAAAUAUCAUCAACUUGAUGGCCGAAGUGCUUCGGAUCGCGUGUCGUUUGGAAUCCCUUUCGCCACAAAAGCUAAUCAGCUUCGCCAUCUUCUUACGGCAUCAAUUUAGCAUCAGCAGGUCAGACAUGGCGGACCACGAUGCUACUCUUCGUGACACCGGGGCACAGCCUCUCCUCGGCCUUAAGGCUGAGGUCAGGGUCAGGGGUGCCGCUACUCCAGAGCUUUCCGUCAAACAGGAGCAGCUCAUGGUUGCUGUCCGAGCAAGGUCGAAGGCUUUGAGUCAGCUGGAGCCUCUUACGCUAGUGGGCAAUCCCAUCGACGGCAUAUACCAUCUGUCAAAGCGCGAAGCUCCCUCACUCGAACCUCACCUGUCCCGCAUCUCAAGCCAAGAUUUGUGCGCGUUCGGCUGGCAAAGUGCCGGGACGUCAUCCUUCUUUGGUGGUGUAAACGAGUACAUUGGUCUGGCCUCUGCACCAGUUCAUCACGGAGACGAAGUCUGGCAGUUCCAGGAUACCGACGUCGCGCUCAUUGUGCGGCCACAUCCUGGAGGAUGUUCUCUGGUAGCGAGAGCACAACUGUAUCAAAAGCCACAGAUGCUUGAUCGUCUACCAUCCUCUGACAUCGAACGCAACUUCCUAUCUCGGACAUGGCGUGGCGAUGCAGUUGCCGGGUCUUUGCGGAGCUUUCAAUUGGAUGUGCCGCUCUUUCUGCAAAUCAUCUCCUGGGCCGAUAUGAGCGACUGA